UGGGCUUCCAUACUUGAGCACCGCACGAAUGCAACUGCAGAGAGACUCUGAAUCCAUGAAGAUUUACAUCGCCCAUUACUGUGAAGUAGCCAAUCAUCUAGCGAUUUACUGGGAUCCCGGGACGGGUGAGCCAAUCAGCUCACUUUUCACAAAAGCGCAUUUGCUUCAACUUCCUAGCGGGAAGAAGCUAUUCGAGGUUGUCCCCAGGCAGCAGGAAUUGGAGUAGAAGGCGAAGGAUGAGGCUGUCCCGUGCAGAGUAUAAAGAAAUAGCGAGGUGGACUGAACAGCUGAGACCUACUCGGCAAUGUAUGAAGAUGCUGAAAGACAGAUAUCCUCAUCACUCGCAGUCCACUCUUCUGAGCAUCUUCUCCCUGGAGUACCAGAAACGAACUAAACGAACAAUGUCAAGACAUCAUGUGCCAGAUGUUAUGGAACGAUACUAUCAAAGGUAUCUGAGUGAAUCCAAGGUUCGCCCCACUGCUCCUGUCCUGCUGGAGUUGGCAAAUGAGGUGGAUCUGUCUCCUGCUCUGAUGGCUCGUAUUAUCCUGGAUCGGUUCCUUAUGGACAUGGACGGUGGAAUGCCUUCCAAAACCAUCUUAAACAGCAUGCUGAAGGAACCGUCACUCAUCCAGGACCACAUUCUGGCAAAUAACAUCUACCAAUGCACAAUAAAUGACUGCUGUUAUGGACCGCUGGUAGACUGCAUCAAACACGCUGUCGGCCAGGAGCACGAGGUGCUACUCCGUGACAAGCUGAUGGAGAGAAACCUUUCUUUCCUGGAUGAAAACCAGCUGAGAACUAUGGGCUACGACAAAACACCGGAUAUCAUCUUAGAGGUUCCUGUAGCUGUGGAAGGCCACAUCAUACACUGGAUUGAGAGCAAAGCAUCUUUCGGAGACGAUCACAGCCAUCGAACAUACCUCAAUGAGCAGUUCUGGAGCUACUGGAACAGGUUUGGCCCAGGCCUCGUGAUCUACUGGUAUGGUUUCAUAGAAGAGCUGGACUGCCAGAGGGACAGAGGUAUCCUACUUAAAGACUGUUUCCCUACAGACAUCAUUACACUCUGUCACGCCACCCAGCUGGAGCAAAUGUCUGAAAGCCAGAAGGAGGACAAAGAGUGAGAGAAGUUCAGAAGCGGGGAUGAAAAAAAUACAACUAAAAAAUCCCCCAAAAAUGAAGACGUCCCGCUGGAAGGAACAAAAGACGUGGAGCAGCGAGGUGGUGGGAAGAACAGGAACACUGAACUAUGCAGGGCAAGAUUCCUACUGUAGAUCCGGAAGCAAUUAGGCUUUCCUGCAGCGUGAUGCAGCUGGCAAGAAUCUGCCCUGAACUCCACCUGACCCCCUUUCUCCAUCUGUAUCUGUCUUUCUUCCUCCCAUUCAUUGCGCCAACCUCGUGCAGACACACAACAGCGUUCUGGAUAUCUGACGGUGGCCACAGCCCGAUUCGGCUCGCGGUCAACACCUGGCCCUUGGAUGGCCUCUCGCAGUGGAUAGCCAGGGCCGAGGCAGGACACAAGACCCUCUCUUAUCGCACCCCAAGCCCUGGCCUUUGUCACUCCUUCCGCCUCUGUUCCACCGGGCAGAUAAGAGCGGUGCGGUCUGGGGGCUGGGUGGGCGCCUGUCUCUCACCUGCGUCACUCGGUGCCCUCUCAGUCACUCUGCAGGGGGUUAAACGGGAUCAUUUCUGAUUAGGGUUGCCCUCACAAUGACCCUUGAUACAGGUUUAUUUCUGUACAUUGUUUUAAAACUUUUCUAUGUACAGUUGGCAACUAUUUGGUUAAUAAUCGAAUUGCUGCAGCUAAUUAUACUGUCGUGCAACUGAAGAUACUUUUGCAAAGUGAUUUGCACUACGGCUUCUAGUCAUUUUAAUUUGAUUGCAACUCAAAAAUAAUAGAAUUGUAUGUAGUGUUUGAGAUACUGAUGAUUUUACGUAAAAACAAAUUGAAUAAACAUUUUUUUCAUUAUUCAAA